AUGGCAGAAACAAUUGUCUCUGUUAUUGCUGGAGAACUCUUGAGUAAGGUGAUGUCCCUUACUUCCAAUAAAAUCUCCUUGGGAUGGGGUGUCAAGAAUGAUGUACAAGAGCUUGCUGGCACCUUAAACACCAUCAAAGCUGUUCUCUUAGAUGCUGAGGAGAAACAAACCCAAAAUGAGAAGCUGAGAGUUUGGUUGGAAAAGCUUAAGGAGGUUUGCUAUGAUGUUGAAGAUGUUUUGGAUAAAAUUGAGGUGAAAGAUUUGUGUAAGCAAGUGAUGAAUGGUCAAAGCAUUCCAAGAAAGGUACGCCACUUUUGUUCAUCUUCAAAUCCAAUUAUUUUCCGUUUUAGGUUGGGCCAUAAAAUCAAGGAGAUUAACGAAAGGCUGGCAAAAAUAGCAGCUGAAAAAGAUGAUUUUAAUCUCACUGAGAAAAUUUGUAGUAAUAAUAUUUUAAGUUGGGAGAGAGAAACCCACUCUUUUGUGCAUGCUUCAGAUGUUAUUGGUAGAGAUAAAGACACAGAGGAGGUUAUGAAAAUUUUAUUGUGUCCAAGUGAUGGUCAUGAAAAUGUUUCUGUUAUUUCUAUUGUUGGAAUUGGAGGUUUAGGAAAAACCACACUUGCUAAAUUGGUGUAUAAUGAUGAAAAAGUAGGUGAUUAUUUUAAGUUGAAAAUGUGGAUUUGUGUGUCGGAUAAAUUUUCUCUAAAAAGGCUUUUGAUUGACAUUAUCAAUUCUGCGAUUGGGCAAAAAUAUAAUCACAUGAGUAUGGACCAAUUGCAGACAAUCCUACGUGAUAUUAUAAGAGAUAAAAAAUAUUUGUUAGUCUUGGAUGAUAUUUGGAAUGAAAACUAUGAGUUGUGGUGUGAUUUAAGAAAUUUACUAAUAGAAUGUGUUAGUGGAAGUAAAAUCAUAGUAACUACACGUAGUGAUCGUGUUGCCUUGAUUAUGGGAUCUGUAUCUAUAUACAAGUUAAAAGGUCUUUCUCUUAAUCAGUGUUUGUCAGUGUUUGUUAAAUAUGCAUUUAAAGAAGGUCAAGAAAAACAACAUCCCAACCUUAUAGAGAUCGGAAAAGAAAUUGUUAAAAAAUGUAGAGGUGUUCCAUUGGCAGUAAGAGCCUUAGGAAGUCUUCUUUAUUCCUCAACUUCUGAACAAGAUUGGAUAAAUGUGAGGGAUAAUGAGAUAUGGAAGUUAGAUCAAAAGGACAAUAGCAUUUUACUUGCUCUAAGAAUAAGUUAUAAUAACUUGUCACCUCCUUUAAAACAAUGUUUUGUCUAUUGUUCUAUAUUUCCAAAAGACUUCACAUUUUAUGACGUUAACUUGGUUAAGUUUUGGAUGGCCAAUGGGCUUCUCCAAGCCCACAAUGAAAAUGAAGAUUUGGAAAAUAUUGGCGUGCAAUAUAUAAAAGAAUUAUUGUGGAGAUCUUUCUUUCAAGAUAUUAAAGAUUUUGGUAAUGGUGUCUAUUCAUUUAAAAUGCAUGAUCUAAUGCAUGAUGUUGCCACAUCAUUGUUUCGAAAUGAGGGCUUAAUAGUGAAAGGGAGUAACCAAAUUGCUACCAAAACUUCUUAUCGACAUUUAUUAUUUCAUCAUUUGGAUGCAAGUCAAGUAGAAGCUCCAAUCUUUCUACCUAACCUAGGUAAUUUAAGAAGCAUUAUGUUUUUUCAACAUGUUGGAGAAAAUAUCAUUAUUAGCCAAUCAUUUUUAGAAUUAAUUGUCUCAAGAUUUCAGUUUUUACGGGCGUUAUAUUUAACUAAUUUAGGUAUUGAAGCAGUGCCUAAAAGAAUUGGCAGUCUAAAGCAUUUGAGAUAUUUGAGUCUAUCAUUUAACCCGAAAAUAAAAAAACUCCCAACUUCUAUUUACAAGCUACAAAGUUUGCAAUAUCUAUCACUAGAUGGAUGCGAGAAACUAGAAGAGUUAGGUGAAGAUGUUAAAUAUUUAAUUAGUCUCAGAGCGUUAGUCUUAACCACAGUGCAAAAGCAUCUACCAAAUAAUGGAAUUGGCUGCUUGAAUUCUCUUCGAUUUUUAAUUAUUCACAAUUGCAGCAAAUUAGAAUAUUUGUGUGAAGAUAUUGGUCGCCUGAGAGUCAUUCGAAGACUAGGCAUUUUUAAAUGUCCAAAUCUUAUCUCAUUACCACGUGGUGUAAGAAGCCUAAGCUCAUUAGAAGAACUUCUUUUGGAAGAUUGUGUAAGGCUUAAUCUAGAUUUGAGCAUAGGAUCAGAUGUGCAACACAAUCAUGAAGAACUCAAUGGCACAGGGCCUCCCCUUCGAUUCGUUCGAAUUAAUAAUUUACCACUAGUAAAAUUGCCGCAAUGGCUUCUCCGCAGUUUGACAAACACCCUGCAAACCUUACGUAUUCGUAAUUGUUCCAACUUGAAGGCACUACCAGAGUCAAUGCAAAAACUUCAAGCUCUUGGGGUUUGGAAUUGUCCUGAAUUGUCAUCUCUACCCAAGGAUAUCAAUCAUCUCAUCACUUUGAGAGAACUAAUAAUUAAAGACUGUCCUAAAUUGACGGAAAGAUGCAAACCAGAAGCAGGUGAAGAUUGGAGAGGUUACCAAGUCAACUGAAAAUUAGGAGGAUUUAUUCAUCUUACUUCUUCAAUUUCCAUAAGGUGUUCGAUCUGUUGCUUCAUGUUUUUUCAGGACUGAGGGAGAUUAAGCCAAAUGGUGCAGUCAGUAAAGUAUAUCUUCCUCUGGAUUGAUUCAGAAUUUCGGUGUUUACAAAUAUAAUUCAGCGUUGACUGAUUCAAGUUUUGCAGUCAAGUGUGGUAGUGAAGAAAUGAAAUUCGAUGGCAUAAUGUUUGCAAGUGACCGGCAGUGCAGCCCCUAAGCUUUAAUUAGUCUUCAAGGCAAUCUCCUAGAUCACUUAGAUAUUGUGGACUUAGUAUGGAGAAAGGACCUUACAGUGUUCUACUAUUACAAUUUCAUCUAUGUACCCUCAUAAUUAAUCCUAUCGGGAACUUUCCAAUUAAAGAUUUGACAUAUCAAAGGAGGUGGAAGUAGAAAAACAGUAAUGAUGAUUUUGUAAUUCACUUAUUUUGAGUCGGUAGAGUGAUGUAUUGCAUACCUGACAAAGGUAGUAAUGGGUCAUUAAUUUCAAAUUUUUUAGUGUCAUUCCAAGUACACUAUGUGAUUUCUUUUAAUCUUCAUUUAAGAUGAGUUAACAAUAAAUAUCCUUUUAUAAAACUAAAUUUUCUUACUCAGAUUUUACAUCAAUUGUUGGUAUUGCAUGUUAGAAGAAGCAGACUGGGUUGGUCGUUGGUAUUGCAGUAGCUCUUGGAAUUUCAGGCUUGAUACUAAUUUUUUUUAGGCUUUACAUGAGGAUAUAAAGAGUUAAUGACAAUGCAUACAGGGUAUGCAUGCUAUGACAGGGUGAAAGCUAUGAAGCAACUUUCACUAGGAUUCCACCCA